AUGCGACGUGUGCAUCCAUCACCCCAGCUUCCCUAUGCACAAUAUCAGCCACUUGCGCUACUACGUGCCGAGAUAGAGCGCCUUAUGGGUGCUAAGUACACGCCUAUUCGCGCGCCGUCGCCAGUCGUCAGCACCGCCGUCAAUUUUGAGGAGCUGGGUUUUCCAAAAGAUCAUCCCGGGCGUCAGCCUACCGAUACGUACUAUGUAAACCGCACCACGUGCCUGCGAACUCAUACGAGUGCGCACGAAGUCCAGACGUUUCGCGACGGGAACAUGCGCUGGCUCCUCACCGCAGAUGUGUUUCGCCGCGACGAGAUUGAUUCGUCACACUACCCCGUAUUUCAUCAAAUGGAGGGCGCGAGUGCAUUUGAUCGUGCCGACUACGCGCCUGGCGGCUUGGUGGAGCAGGAGAUUGAGGCUAUGGAGUCGCGACUUGCGGAAAUGCGUAUCGAGAUCACCGACAAUGUCGACCUCACUGAGGCAGGUAACUGGCAACCGCAUCAUGCUCGCGAUGCUCCGCACCAAGCUGCACUUGCGCUGCGGCACCUUAAGGCCACACUGAACACGCUUGUUCAUGGUCUCUUCCAGCCGCGUUUGGCAAUGGAGGGAAGCGCAAUAGAGCCGCUCAAGGUGCGCUGGAUCCCUGCAUUUUUCCCCUUCACCUCGCCCAGCUUCGAAGUAGAAGUGUGGUUCCGCGGAAAAUGGCUCGAGAUUCUUGGCACGGGCAUUGUGCAACAGCGCACCUUUGACAAAGCUGGGAUCCCUGACAAGCUCGGCUGGGCGUUUGGGCUUGGACUUGAGCGCAUCGCUAUGGUCUUGUUUUCGAUUCCCGAUAUCCGCUUGUUUUGGUCGGAAGACCCGCGCUUUGUGAGCCAGUUCAAAGUACCACCGACGGAUGGGCGUGCCGCGCCGUUGGUCACGUUUAAGCCAUACUCCAAGUACCCUUCAUGUUACAAAGACAUUUCCUUUUGGGUUCCGCCAUCGUUUCACGAGAACGAUUUGUUCGAGACGGUGCGCGACCAUGCGGGCGAUUUAGUGGAAGACGUGGCGUGCAUUGACGACUUUGUCCACCCCAAAACUAAAAGGCGUAGCAAGUGCUAUCGCUUCCAGCGCCAAGUGCUUUUCCUGCACAAGGUCACGUUCCCUGUUUGGCCAAACUUCCAGGAGCCGCACGAGCACGGUCUUGCGCGUUUCCAAGCGCGCAACGUGCAGCUCACCACGAGUGACGAUGUGCGCAUUGGUAUGUGGCAUCAUCUGCCCAACGAACUGUACAAAGAAGAGGCAGCUAAGCAUGGCAAAGGAUUUGACGCUCUUCCAGACGAUUUCCAGCUUCCGGAUCAAGUAUUUGAGCGUGCAUUGCGCGAAUAUCCUACAUAUGUAUAUUUGCAUGGCAAUGCAUUAAAUCGUGCAGCACCGUUCCGUGUACUUUCCUACCAAGAGCUUUCGGAAGCGCAGAAUGCAAACGUGGUCGCGAUUGACUACCGCGGCUUUGGCGACUCGGAAAGUUUCCCUACAGAACAUGGCGUAGUGAACGAUGCGUACGCCGCCGUGGAGUAUGUGCGUCAACAUUCGAUCAAUCAAACAACAGGAAAUCGCCAGGGGCUCGCUCUUGUCGGACAGAGCUUGGGCACGGGCAUUGCGGUGCAGUGCGCUCUGCGCAUGUAUCGCCAAGGCGAGUUUCUCGACGCGCUCGUCCUUCUUGCGCCUUUCCGUGCACUGCGUCCCAUGGUAUCUGAGUUUCGCAUGGCAGGUUUGGCGCCCAUCUUUGGCUGGCUCGAUUAUUUCCCGUACAAAGAAAGUACGUCUUCUUUUGCAAAACUCACCACAGAACUGCUCGACCUUGUCCACUUUAAAUUUGACUCGGAAGUAGCCUUGCUCGAAAUUUUGGAUGGAAACGUGCGUAAAGGACCCACAACUCCGCCUACCAUUGUUCUUGUGCACGCGCAAGACGACGACGUUAUCCCUGUGCAGCAGUCGGACGAGCUGCUCAGGAGCGCGGAAAAUGCGUUGGGCACAAUGAAGAAGGCCUCGUCGUUCCACGUGUGGGCGUCGACGCUUCCCGACAUUGGCACAGCUCACGCCAUCUUGCGCCGCAGCGCACGCUUGCCUGAACACUUGCCGCGCGUCCCUGGCGCGCGCUGCACUCUUCCGCGCAAUGCAGUGUUGACCUUGCUGCGCCUGCACCAAGGCGGCCACAAUCACCCGCUCCAGGACAAUGCCGAUCUGCUUUCGCUCAUGCUGCCCCCUCACAUGGUUGGUGCGAGAAAGUCUGUGUAA